AUGCGUCAACCACGAGGCAAUCUACUCACUCACGACGCAACCAACUUACUCACGAGGCAACCAACUCAUUCAGAAGACAACCACGUCACUCAUGGGGCAGCCACAAGGCAAUGUAGUCACCCACGAGGCAGCCAACACAGCAAGGAACUCACUCAUGGGGCAACCACGAGGCAAUGUACUCACUCACGAUGCAACCAACUCACUCACGAGGUAAUCAACACAGUAAAUAGGCAACCAACUCACUCAUGGGGCAACCACGAGGCAACGUACUCACUCACGACCCAACCAAAUUACUCACGAGGCAACCAACCCAUUCAGAAGACAACCACGUCAGUCUUGGGGCAACCACGAGGCAAUGUACUCACUCACGAGGCAACCAACACAGUAAUCAGGCAAGCAACUCAUCGAUGGGACAACCACGAGGCACUGUACUCACUCACGACGCAACCAACUCACUCACAAGGCCACCAACACAGUAGUCAGGCAACCAAAUCACUGACAUGGCAAACAACUCAUUUGCAGUUCAAGCACACAUAA